UACGGCGCCAUCCAGCCCGCCGACUCCGUGUCCCUCAGCACCCGCACCCACGGCGCGGUCUUCAACCUCGAGUACUCGCCCGACGGGUCGGUGCUGACCGUCGCCUGCGAACAGACCGAAGUCCUGCUCUUUGACCCAAUAUCCUCAAAGCACAUCAAGACUCUCUCUGAGGCCCACGAAGACUGUGUAAACAACAUCAGGUUUUUGGAUAACCGGCUGUUUGCCACGUGCUCCGACGACACGACGAUUGCACUCUGGGACUUGAGGAAGCUGAACACCAAAGUUUGCACUCUGCACGGCCACACCAGCUGGGUCAAGAACAUCGAGUACGACACCAACACGAGGCUGUUGGUGACGUCGGGCUUCGAUGGGAACGUGAUCAUCUGGGACACCAACAGGUGCACAGAGGAUGGAUGUCCCCACAAGAAGUUCUUUCACACCCGCUUCCUCAUGAGAAUGAGGCUGACGCCAGACUGUUCCAAAAUGCUCAUCUCCACCUCCUCUGGUUACCUCCUGAUUUUGCACGACCUUGACCUAAACAAGUCCUUAGAGGUUGGCAGCUACCCCAUUUUAAGGGCCAGGAGGACCACGUCGAGCUCAGACAUAACGUCCUCUGGCUCCUCCGGCCCUCGAGCUGUGGGUUCACCCUGUCACCAGCACGACUCGGGUCCACUGUCUGAGAAACACUUGUCACGGUCCUCCCAGCGAGAAGGUGGAUCACCCAGGAAUAGCUUGGAGGUGCUGACACCAGAGGUCCCUGGAGAAAGGGAUCGUGGGAACUGCAUCACGUCACUGCAGCUGCACCCCAAGGGCUGGGCCACGCUGCUGCGCUGCUCCAGCAACACCGACGACCAGGAGUGGACUUGUGUCUAUGAAUUCCAGGAAGGAGCCCCGGUGCGCCCCGUGUCCCCGCGCUGCUCCCUGCGCCUGACGCACUGCAUCGAGGAGGCCAACGUGGGCCGGGGGUACAUCAAGGAGCUCUGCUUCAGCCCCGACGGCCGCAUGAUCUCGUCCCCGCACGGGUUCGGCAUCCGCCUGCUGGGCUUCGACGCGCAGUGCCGGGAGCUGGUGGACUGCCUGCCCCGGGAGGCCAGUCCCCUGCGCGAGAUCCGCUCCCUCUACUCCCACAACGACGUGGUGCUCACCACCAAGUUCUCCCCCACGCACUGUCAGAUCGCCUCGGGGUGCCUUAGCGGACGCGUCUCCCUCUACCAGCCCAAGUUCUAGGGCGCGGCGGCGGGGCCCGCGCGUGGAUGGCUGUGGGCUGUGCUUCAGCCCCCUCCAAAGUCUCUCGCUCUGGAUGGGAUCUCGGUUACUGCGGUCUCGGAACGCGGCCCUGGAAGGAUUUUCCAGCCCGGCACCGUGCGGAUCUUCCUCCUGCGCCCACGAGCCUGCGGCCGUGUCCCAGAGCCAGUGGAGCUCUGCUGCUGCUGGUCCCGUGCCACCGGGUCGCUGUCCUGCUGCGUUUGUACCCUGAUACUUGAUCAUUUCCUUCAGUGCAACUGGAACGGGCUGUUUGAGACAAUGCAGGGGGGGCACAGGUGCCUCCUGUCCCAGAGGAGCUGGACUCUGCCUCACCUCUGCUUCCUCCUCUGUCGCUGGAGCCCCUCGGUGGUGAUUUGUAGAUAAUCAGCUGCUUGACUACAUAAACAACACAGUUACUGACACAAAAAAAAAAAAGAGGAAAAGGAAAUUUUA